GACGUCCUCUGAUGCGCGAUUUUUCCUUUUCGUCAUCAGUGUUUUUUUUUGCUUAUCAUGCAACCAAAUGGACCACCAACAUAACAACCAGGCUUCGAUUGGAAAAAGUAGCCUUGCCAUAAUUUGAGUAGAAUGAAACAAUAGAAGAACGACCUGCAUAUUAAAGUAGAAUUUUCAUUGCCAUUGAUCCAUCUGUUGAUGUGAAUAGAUUCUGCAUCAAAAAGUAACAGUGCAUAUUAUCCCAAAAUGCCGAUGAUGCAAGAGAAUGCCUACUACUUGGACGAGAGUGAUCUCCCGCCCAUUGGGCAGCCGAGAACAUCCCUCCCAAAGGCUGCCUCUGCACCCCCGACGGCUCCCAAUACUUCAUCCGGAACCACACGUGAACCGCAGCAACCGAAAACGCCGUUUUCCCGGGGAGAGUCCGUCGAGGUUUUUUUUCGGUUUGCGAAGGACAAACAAGCCGGGGGGUAUUUCCCCGUCGACAGUAUGACGCAGGGCAUGCUCCACCCGUGUAUUGUCCGCACCGACGGUUGGAUUCCAGCCAUUGUCCAGCAGGAUUGGGACCCGAGCAAACCAGUCGCGGCGGCGUCAACACAGAACAACGGCGAUGCGUCGAGCAAAGACGGUGGAGCAGAUAAAGGCAAAUCGGGGCAGAAUCUAGUGAAAAUCAAGUAUUCCCACCCUUUCUGGUACAACCGACAGGGGCAGAUUUACAACGAAGGCGGGAAAAGAAACGACAGUGUGCCGGCGAAGUAUGUGAGGAGAGUCGCGGAUGUGCCGGAGUCGAAAAGGAGACCGAAAGUGAGUCUCUUUUGCGUCAGGUGGGGCGGGAAAAGAAAAGUGGAAGCCGUGACGGAAGGCAUUGGCGGCUGGGGACAGGUAUUCUUGAUAGAGAUUGAUUUGUACUUGGCAAGUGAUAUACUUUAGGUGCUUGUGUGAUGUCUCCUGUAAUAUGACAGAUCCGAUUUAUCAAAUGUGAUGCAGUGUACAUCACAUGACAAAAUCAAAAUCCUAUCAGGUCGGCAGCAAUCCGUCUGACAAUUUCAUCAACACGCUCCUCGGCGAUUUUCCGAUGCAGCAGUGGGGUCCGAACUACGAAAUUUGGUCUGCUUUUAUCCAGUCUACGCACGAGUUGCGGGAUAUCCAUCCGGCGCUGAUAAAACAGCAAAUGCGCGGACAGUACCUCGCCGGGCUUUACUUCCUGUGGCCAAUCGGUAUUGCAUUUGAUUCCUAUGGUAGGCUGGGUAUGUCUUCUGGAUCCGGAGCUGCAUGACAAGCAUAUGAUAUGCAGUUUUGUCAAUUUGAUCAUGUUUACGCAACACGCCAAACCACCUAAAGUUACAAUCCACCCUAUCAGGUUUCCAAGACGGCCACGAGUUCUGUGGUUACGUGAACAACUCCGAUCUGUUCAACUGCAUGAGCGGCAUGGAGUGCGCGGGGAUUGUAUCGAGAUUUCCGCAUCACAGCAACUUCUACCGAUUACUGGCUUCGAAGUCCUGGACAGCUCCGUGGGGCUUGGUGCCGGGAUUAAACACGCCUCUGACGACGAAAUUAAGCCGGUCACUCAUCGUCGAGAAGGUAAAAUUUGUUUGAGUUGUGGCUUUGCAAGACAAAUUUUGCGUCUAGCCGCGUUGUACAUCAAGGUAGGACGCCUCUAAUUACAUCUUCAUCUGCCUCUAGCCCUAUACAAAGUCAAAGAAGAAGAACUUCUCGCUUUGAAAACACCAUCUUCACUCGUCGUUGGACAAAUAACAGGGCUACCUCAACGCUGCGCAAACUGCGAUCCAGACGUUGCAGGACAUGAACCGCGCAAGAACGCUCCUGUUCCCGGACGAGUACCACUUUCAGAAGAAGGAAAAAAUCGCGAAGGGAGUUGCGAAGUUGGGCUACAGCUGGGAAUCGAUGGAUGUGAACCACUGGGACUCCGUGAAGACUUUAGCGUCAGGUACUACAACUUUGCUUCGUGCGCUGGCGCAUCUCUAGCCCAAAUUUGCAUUACAUAUACGUACUUCAUCGAUUUCGAUGCAAGGAGGAGGAGCACCAGCACUAUAGUGGCUAUGCGUCUGCAUGCAAAAAUCCGCAUCACAAACACCAACAGGUCUCGAGGAGCUCGUCCAGCAGCCCGGAAACCUUUCCGAAUUCGUCCACGUCCAGGAGUGGGUGGAUAUUGAUGUGGAAAUGCGACAUUUUGUGGUUUUACCCACCGGCCACAAAAGCAUCAACAUCGAGAAAAUUGUCUACACCUGUUACGAAUCAAAAUCGGAGAAUCACUUCUCCAGUUUCAACCGGUUUGACCGGGAAACGUGCUUGGUCAAGAAAUUCAACGGGGACGAAGCCGCGUUGGCAGAAGCGGAAAGAUUAGCAAAGGUACAGUUUGUUUUGCUGUUGAAUUCUGAUCUCUUUUUUCAUGUUCCAUUCUGCGCGCCAAGUUGUGCAAGUCCUUUUUGCGAAAGAAAAGUGCAAAGUGACAGAAUUUGCUUCAAUCUGUUAAACAGGCGCAUGACAAACUAACCACAGGAACUCAUCACCCGUCUGUACUACGCUCUCCGCGCAGAGUGUGCCGAAUUCCCUCCUUGUCUCCGCUUCGACGUCCUUGCCCACAAGUACGCCCCGGGAAAAGCCCGCGUCAUGAUCGGGGAAAUAACCGAACUCGGCGCCUGCUUCCUCGGGUGGCCAGAGGGUCCUAAAGUGGUUUUCAACGCGUUACUGCAGUCGUGCACCGGUGCAAAUGACCGAGGAAACUGGAGAAGAGAAGCGUCCCCAGCAGCUGCGAAUAAGGGACAGGGGAAGAACAACGAGAAAGGACAGGGGAAUAACGCCAGACAAAGAACCAGUGUCCCGAAAUUGCAGAAUAAGGUCUUAGACGCCCCGGCGAGAACGAGGACAGAUUCUACUUCCCAGAACAUGAACACGAGACAGAGCUCUCCUGGUGCUGCGAAACUGGAUAGUGACAGAAGCGGAGUAGCAACUACGAGCUCAACCGCAUCGACAAAUCCAGGCGGACCAGUAGCAACCCAGAGGACAAAUAAGGCAAAUAAAGCCGGCGACCCAACCAUUGGUAGCCCGAUGUCGGUCGAUGAGGAAGAAGAUGAGGAAAUGGAUCCAAAAGCAAAAGAGGAGUAUGUUGCGAACUUCCCUGCGCUCGGCGCCACAACCACGACUGCGCAGAACAACAAGAGACAGGCGAGCAACCGAAGUCCAGCGAUUCCGGGGCAGGCGGGGAAUAAUACGACUACAAAUGUGAAGAAAGUUUACAACAGCUCCGUGGCGAAAUUGACCUCUACUGCUGGGAGUUGAAGAAUGUCAUGAGUAAAGCAACGAGCUAAAUAAUUUUCUCUGUGCAGCGACCUAUUGUGUUAAUAGCGACAAAAUUUUAGAAGUUCUUCUACGGGUUCUUGUUCUUUUUGAAUAAAUGACAAUUAUGACAAAGAAGCUCUCACUUCUCUUUUGGCGAAUUUAUCACAAACUUGCAACUGCCCUAAAGACUAAGCUCAAGAUUUUCCACCUCCCCGUUUGCUCUUUUACGACUUCUCCGGAGAAGUGACGACUGCGUACGCAGCCCAGAGCAUGUAGAGGUAUGGUCAGGGUUGCGAGGAGAUGAACGAAAAAUAAUGAAUCGAUGACAGAACGAAGAACAAGACGAUGAGAAGCUUCCUUGUUGUCGCGGCUUCAUGAAGUUAACUCCUCACUUGAUCUUCCAUUGCAAUCAGCUAAGUAACUAAAAUGUCGUUUCCAAUUAGCGAAGACGAACGAUAUGCCAAAAGUAGAAAGUUGUCUUCUUUGAAGGUAUAGGCCGCCAGCGCUAGCAAAUCAAUGAAAACGACGGACUAAUCAUGACUUCAUGCAGCAUCGCAGCUGCCACCUUCC